AUGUUGGAGUGUGACCUCAUGUUGGAGUGUGACCUCAUGUUGGGGUGUGACCUCAUGUUGGAGUGUGACCUCAUGUUGAGUGUAACUUCAUUCUACCAGGAUGUGCAGUUGCAUAAGCCAGCGGGAACACCGAUACUAUCACUACCACCAGUCCACCAGGAUGUGCAGUUGCAUAAGCCAGCGGGAACACUGAUACUAUCACUGCCACCAGUCCACCAGGAUGUGCAGUUGCAUGAGCCAGCGGGAACACUGAUACUAUCACUGCCACCAGUCUACCAGGAUGUGCAGUUGCAUAAGCCAGCGGGAACACCGAUACUAUCACUGCCACCAGUCUACCAGGAUGUGCAGUUGCAUGAGCCAGCGGGAACACUGAUACUAUCACUGCCACCAGUCCACCAGGAUGUGCAGUUGCAUAAGCCAGCGGGAACACUGAUACUAUCACUGCCACCAGUCUACCAGGAUGUGCAGUUGCAUGAGCCAGCGGGAACACCGAUACUAUCACUGCCACCAGUCCACCAGGAUGUGCAGUUGCAUAAGAGAGCGGGAACACCGAUACUAUCACUGCCACCAGUCUACCAGGAUGUGCAGUUGCAUAAGAGAGCGGGAACACCGAUACUAUCACUGCCACCAGUCUACCAGGAUGUGCAGUUGCAUAAGCCAGCGGGAACACCGAUACUAUCACUACCACCAGUCUACCAGGAUGUGCAGUUGCAUGAGCCAGCGGGAACACCGAUACUAUCACUACCACCAGUCUACCAGGAUGUGCAGUUGCAUAAGCCAGCGGGAACACCGAUACUAUCACUGCCACCAGUCUACCAGGAUGUGCAGUUGCAUAAGCCAGCGGGAACACUGAUACUAUCACUGCCACCAGUCUACCAGGAUGUGCAGUUGCAUAAGCCAGCGGGAACACUGAUACUAUCACUGCCACCAGUCUACCAGGAUGUGCAGUUGCAUAAGCCAGCGGGAACACCGAUACUAUCACUGCCACCAACCACUGCUCCCAACUGUGCUAGGUGCCUACAACCAUGCAAGGAGCUGAACUUGCAACCGACUGACCCUUAUGUUUACAAACAAGUGAUGACUGUAGCAAUGCCAAAUACUCUUACCCCAGAUAAACUGCAUUCAUGUUUGUCAGUUUGA